AUGGACACGAGAAAUCCAUCGCCUCCUCCUGGUAUUGAUCCUCCUCUUGAACAGAACGAUCAAAUUGGUAACAGCGCCUACAGCAAAAGGUGGCUUUAUUCGCUUAUUUUACAAGUUCUUACUAAAAUUAACAAAUGUGAAGAGGGAAUAAAUGAACAUGAAGAGGAGUUGGAGUCUUCUCUAGAAGAGGAGCUUUGUUGUCUUUGGGACAUUACCACUGAUCAAGCAUUGUUAACACAUUUGCGUCCUUUCCAACUUGUCCCUGUCUUCACAGAGUGUAUUCAUAAAAGCCACUGUCCACGUCUUAUAGAAAUUUCCCUCGGUGUUCUCGCAAAUUUGUCUUUGGACGAAGAACAAUGUGGCUUAUUGUCAGAAGAACAAGCUUUUAUGCUUUUGCGCUCCGUUCUUGCUUCACGAUUACAUCGGCAAGUUUGGUUAGAUGCCAUUCAUUUUGCACUAGAAUUCAUCGAUCGAGUCAACUUCAUCUUAUGCAGUUCAACAAAUGCAACUCUUCUGAUGAGCACUAUUAGUGCCAUAGAAACAAUCCUUCGAAUUGAUGACAGUUUGUGCGAACUUUGGUGCAACGAAGACUUGCUGGGUUCGCUGCAAGAAGCCCAAAAGCAAAUGUGCUGGAUCCAUGGAGACGACGCGGAGGUCAUUUACCGUCUUCUAUACCUUUUUUCUACGAACCCUACUGGGGUUCGAACUCUCAACGAUCUCUCUUUGGAUGGUCUCUGGAGGGACUUGUCAGUCCUCUUUGGUGACUUGAUUCAGCGUGUCCGUGAGUACAUUCAGGGUAUCGAUUGUGGGAAUAAGCCAUCUGGAGACUUGGAUGGACUGCUCUACUGGCUGCAUGACAUUGAGGAAGGUGGCGAAGGUCUACGUGAGGCGUUUGUUCGUUGUUGCUUGUGUCGACGCGCGGGAGUGGGUGUAGCGGACGCGGAAGAUAACGCUGUUGUGGAGGUCUUGCGUGGUCAUCUAGUCUUUGUCUGCCAACGACUCUGCCUUUCCAAGCUCCUUGAAUGCUCUACCACAGAUCAUAGCUAA